AUGUCUAUUACCGUUGCCAAGAUCGAUACUAGAAGCGUCAAUAUGACAGUUGAAGUACGAAGCAACAGUCUUAAUUCCUCAGCCGAUUUUGAUAAAAUCUCAAAGGAUAUGGAAGAAAGAGAAUACGUUGAAAAUAAGAAUGGUAAUAUCGUUCCUUACAUAACUAAAGAAAACGCGUGUGAAAUUCACCAAAUUUUAAAUGAUCCGAAUGUAUUGGAUAUGUUUUUUGGCAGUGAAGAACCACCAUAUGUUAAACAAAACUUGUACAUUGUAGUGAACGAAAUGCCAGAAAUAAAGUUGCAAAGUUUGGGAAAAUUUAUGAUAAAAUAUAUUGAGUGGGGGACUUUUACGGAAAACUUACCUCUAAACGAUCCACCACAGGAAGCAAUCUCCUCUAAAGAUAUAGAAAAAUUUAACAAUAUAUUAGAUACCGAACUUGGGGAUGACUUUCGUUCAAAACACCAUAACCUUAUUGCUAUUAGUUUAUAUUGGAAAAUUAGAAAUGAACUUUACGAGAAUGUACCUGCUAUCGUAUUUUAUGUAAUACGUAAGAAUAUUUUACCUCAUAAUAACACUCUUUUUCCUGAAAAUAUUGGCAGUUUUAUUACAGAUGUAUGUGAAGGUUUUUAUAAACCAACCGUUGUUGAACGAGGGGAAAUCUAUUGUUGUGAAUAUAAGGAAAUGGUAUCACCUGGAUCUAGUAUUGGCGUAAAAAGUAGAAUAGGAACUUUAGGAUUUUUCGUUAAAGACUCCAACCAGCAAAUAUAUUUGAUGACAAACGAACAUAUUGUUUCGGGACACAAUUCUGAAUAUAUACACCAACCAUCUGACUUUGACUACAUUGGUCGUUCAUUGGAAGAUCUGGCAUCAUCAUUAGAAGCAUUAGAGGAAUUGAUCUUUAAAGAUAAACAAUUAAACGAUUCUGAGAAAAAACUUACUAUGAUUGAAUCGUUCAAUCUGAAGAAUGUAAUGAAUGAAGAGCAUGGUCACUCAGCCUUGACAGAAGAUAUGGAAGAGUUAAAAAGAUUAGAAUCAGUAAUCUCAGUCUUGAAAGAAGUUAUAGUUGAGGAAGAUGGAAAUAAUGUAAAACAUCAGGAUUUAUUGAGAAUGCUUGAAGCUUUCAACAAAUUAUUGAUGUUUAGAACAGAAAAUAAGUUAGAAAACGAAAAAAAAAAGGAGUUACAAGUAGAACUAGAAAAAUUAGAGGCAUUACAAAUAAUGCUUAAACUGCAUAGACUCGAAUGUGAAUUCAACAAAACAAAAAAGGAAUGGAAUGAAAUUUUAAACAUUGAUUAUGAAUUUUUCAAGAACAAAUUGUCUAAAAAACUUUAAUUUCUGGAUUCAAGUUAUCAGACAUGUAUAGAAAAUAAAAAAAAAUUCGAAUCUGCGCAACAAAUAGAUACUAGAUUUGCUUUAAUUGAAAAUGGCGUACGUG